AUGGGCCAAGUGAUGGCAAAGUCAGAAGUCCUAGAUCUGUCUGGAAACCUUCUAAAUGGUAGCAUUCCUCCUUCUAUAAAUAGACUCAAGGAUCUAACAGAUCUUGAUUUAUCAAACAAUAGUUUAUCAGGAGAAAUCCACAACCACUGGACGGGCAUGCGGAUUUCAACAAUUGAUCUAUCACGAAACAACUUAUCUGGUAGAAUCCCCAAUGAAUUGUGCUCGCUUCCUUCACUUGUUUCAUUAAGAUUGAGUCGCAAUUAUCUUUCUGGAAAGCUGCCUUUGUCUUUGCAAAAUUGCUCAAUGAUUAUAAGUACACUUGAUCUUGGAUAUAACAAAUUUUCCGGUACCAUACCAAUAUGGAUUGGCCAAAGGUUUCCUGUAAUGCUUCAAUUACGCCUUCGGCACAACUAUCUUACUGGAAAUAUUCCUCAACAACUGUGUCAGCUCACUUAUGUCCAUAUCUUGGACCUUGCAGAAAAUAAAUUAUCUGGACCAAUCCCAACAUGUUUGGAUAGGAUGAUCGGCUUCAAAGUUCCAGGCUUUUACUUUAAGUUAGUAACACUACCAUUAAUGGGACACCACUUUUCCUAUCCCACGUAUAUGGAUUUGGUUAUGAAAGGAAGACAAGAUGAUUACGAUAAAAGCCAAACUGAGAUAGUAAAAGUGUUGGAUCUUUCAAGAAACAAUCUCUCGGGGAACAUCCCAGCAGCAGCGACAAAUCUUUCAGAAUUGGUAACUCUAAGUUUGUCAUGUAAUCGGUCCAAUUCUCACAAGCAUGACUUCUCUGACUUUGUUGAGCCAUUGAACUUGUCAAAUAAUAAUUUGUCUGGACCAAUUCCAUUGGCAAAUCAGUUUCAGACAUUCAAUGAUCCAUCUAUCUUCGGGGGUAACCCUGGACUUUGCGGUUCACCGUUACCAACCAAGUGCAGCUCAAACUCAGUGCCUAAGGAUAGAGGAACAACAGAGGAUGAUGAAGAUGGGUCUCUGUCUGACAAUUUCUGGUUCUACGUAAGCAUGGGAUUGGGAUUCAUCUUCGGGUUUUGGGCAGUUUGUGGGAGUUUGGCGAUAAAAAGGUCCUGGAGACGUUCAUAUUUCGAGUUCCUGGACAAGACAAAAGAUAGGAUUCUCCUAGUGCUUGCAUUGAAUGCGGCUCGUUUGCAAAGGAUGAUGAAGAAGAUGGAAGACAACUAG